AUGGGCCUUGUAUUUCUGUUUUGUAUUAUGCAUCUGCUGUGGUGGACUGUGGCUCAGAAGCAAAUGUUCCUCAUCACAACACCCAGAGUGCUGCGUGUUGAUGCUUCUGAGACAGUGGUGGUACAGUUGUUUGGAUAUGACCAAGAGACCACAGUCCAACUUUACCUUAAGGAUACUGUUGCCCCAGGAGGCAGGACGUUCUCAUCACAUUCUCUAACACUAAACGCCCAGAACAAUUACCAGGCUGCAGCCACAUUACGGAUUUUCCAGGACAUAAGAAAAGAAGACACUAAGGUGUACCUGGUAGCAGUCUCUCCAUCCUCCACUGAGUUCAUGACGGUUCCAAUCACUCGUGACAGCGGCUUUCUCUUUGUCCAGACUGACAAGCCUCUAUACACACCAGAACAGAAAGUUGAGGUGCGUAUAUAUUCCUUCACUGAAGAGCUCAGGAAGUCUAGUAGACCUGUUACUCUCACAUUUAUGGACCCUGAUGGUACCAAGGUGGAAAUUAUUGAGCUUAAGGACAUCAAUGGUGUGAAACCACUGCUUCCACCAUUUAAAAUACCCCUGAAACCUAAGUUUGGAGUUUGGAAAAUAGAGGCCGCUUACUCGUAUAACUUCAGCACAACUGCUACAGCUGAAUUUGAAGUAAAAGAAUAUGUGCUCCCGAGCAUUUCAGUCCAAAUACAGCCAGAGAUGAACUAUGUCAGCGCAGCCAACAUUGAGGCCUUCAGGCUCAAGAUAUUUGCCAAAUAUGUGUAUGGAGACCUAGUCAGUUCAGCAGAUGUCUUCCUAAAGUUUGGAUAUAUCAGCAACGAUGAAGUAGUCAUGAUACCUUCUACAUUAAGAAGUUAUAAGAUGGAUAAUGGUGAACUGGAGGUUGUAUUACACAUCAAGCAUGCUCUGUCCAGUAUGGAUUCUGGACCUCUGGACCUAAGAGAAAUGAGCAACCAUUUUCUUCGUGUGGUGGUUUUGCUCCAAGAGUCAACUGGUGGUAUAUCUCAGGAGGCCGUUCUGUCCAAUGUGAAGUUUGUGCAUGCGCCCUUUAAACUGAGUCUGACUGCAACUCCACCAUAUAUUAAACCAUCUCUGCCAUACAACAUCAGAGUCUUGGUGAAGGACCCACUCGGUGUACCAGUGAGAGAUGUUCCCGUGAAAGUACGGGCAACAUUAACUACAAAUGAACAAGAACAGGUGCCUCUCAAAUUCUUCGGACACCAGUAUGAAGUGAUGCAGUCCUCACGUCAGGAUGGAGUUGCCUACUUCGUUUGCAAUAUUCCUAAUAACGUGGAAAAAGCUGAAUUUACUUUUGAGACUGCUGAUCAAAAUUACCCUCCAGAAAGCCAGGCGGGACUUGUACUUAGCACUGUAGCCUACAAAUCCAUCUAUCAUCGUUAUCUGUAUAUUGAUUUACCUUCGGAAUCCUCCGCCUUUGAUGUGAACAACUAUGUGAAUAUGAAGAUCUACUUUCACUAUCGUGACUAUCUACCACUGAAGAGCUUCAGUUAUCAGAUCGUAUCAAAGGGGAAAGUGGUAAAGUUUGCGACUGUGCAGCGUGUAAACGACAAGGUCCAGAACAUCAACUUUAAGGCGACUGCGGACAUGGUGCCGUCUGCCCGCCUGCUGGUCUAUUACAUCCUGUUUGGAGAGGAGAGAGCCGAGCUGGUGGCAGACUCCGUGUGGUUUGAAGUCAAGGCCAAAUGUGUCAAUGGCUUAGAGGUGAAGCUAGCAUCCCCUUGGAGGAAGUACAAACCUAAAGACAAGGUCCAACUGUCCCUGACGGCUAAGAGAGAGAGUGAUAGCUCCCUGGUGGCGCUGUCAGCUGUAGACAUGGCCCUGUACAACCUCAGAGCCAACGACAAAGACCAACUGAACACGGUGCUGAGACACUUUGACCAGCGAGACCUGGGCUGUGAGGGGGGAGGAGGCAUGGGCAGCAUGGACGUCUUCCGACGUGCUGGUGUUGAUUUCUUAACCAACGCAGAUGUCCAGGCUCCGAGGACACGUGAGGACUGCACAGCUAUGGUCAGACCCAAACGCUCCACUUCUUUACUCAAGAAGCAGCUGAGUGAAAAGGAUGAUAUCAGCAUGACCGCUGUGAGAAAGAAACGCUCCACUCUUCCCCUGAAUGACCUGUUUGAGGAAAAAGCCAAACAAUACAAGGAAUAUAAAUCGUGCUGCUUAACUGGAACUGACAGCGUCCCCACCCUGGAGACAUGUAACGAUCGCACCAAGCGGCUGAAAGUCCCAGACCCACUGUGUAAGAAGGUUUUCUUCCAGUGCUGCAAAUAUGCCCAGCAAGUUCGUCAGGAUAAUGAGGAAUUGAUCAUCCUUAGUCGUUCGGAAUUGCAGUUCUUGAACGAUUUGAAGUCAGCUGAAGUUCGCAGUUACUUCCCAGAGAGCUGGCUAUGGGAGGAGCAUGAAAUGGACAAGUCAGGUUUGCUAAGCGUCACAAAAGGUCUUCCAGAUUCUCUUACAACAUGGGAAAUUAAAGCUGUCGGGGUGUUCAGCAACGGGAUUUGCGUGGCCGAUCCCUUGGAAGUCUCUGUGUCUCAGGCUGUAAGUGUGAAUGUACCUUUGCCAUACUCUAUGGUGCGUGGAGAACAGAUUGAGCUCAAGGGCUCAGUCUACAAUCAGCACAAUGCAGACACAAUGUUCCGCGUAACCCUGUCGGCAUCAGACGGGGUGUGUGUUUUUCGUGGAGUACUGAUGACAGACGACGGCGACCCACAUGUUAACAAGGGCAGGAUUGAGGCCCAUUCGGUGGCUCUGAUCCGUUUCUUUAUCAUGCCGUUAGAAGCUGGUAUUCAUAAACUCAGCUUCACGCUCACAACCAAGUGGGGACAAGAGACGGUGGUCAAGACUCUGAGAGUAGUGCCAGAGGGCAUCAGGAAGGAGACACUGGUUGGGGGUAGACUGGAUCCGCAGGGUGUGUAUGGCCAAUCUAAAACUCGUCUUGAGCUCCGAAAUUCUCUUCCUCCAAAUCUUGUACCCAAGUCAACUGUGGAGCGGCUUCUAAUGGUUAAUGGUGAAGUGCUUGGGGAACUGCUGUCCAUCAUCACUGAGUCGAAGGGCAUUUCGCAGCUGACGAACCUGCCCAGAGGCUCGGCCGAGGUGGAGCUCACUGGGUUUCUUCCCAUCAUCUACGUGUACGAUUACCUGGAGCAAACGGAGCAGUGGGGCCUGCAAGGAGACGCUGUCAGCAGCACAGUCUUAAAGAGAAAGAUGAAAGAAGGUGUCACCUCUAUCAUGUCAUUUAAGUCUGAGCGGGAGCACAGCUUCAGCUUAUGGAAGAACAAGGAACCCAGCACCUGGUUGACUGCUCUUGUAGUGAAGACUCUAGCGAAAGUGGACGAAUACAUGACAGUGGAUCAUGAUAUACUGUCCAAAACAGUCCGCUGGCUGCUUACAAAGCGUCAGAGUGCAGAUGGUUCCUUUACUGAGCAAUCCAACUACAAGCCUUCAAAACUCAUGGGUGCAGGGGCUGAUGUCACUGAACAAACGGUGUUCCUCACGUCAUUUGUGGUAAUCGGGAUCAGCCACGCCUUGGCAGUCCCCAAGUCCAACUUACAGUUCUAUCAAAAUGCUGUGGAGAAGUCAGCGCAGUUCCUGUCUUCACAAGUGCCGAAAGUGAAGAGUUUGUAUGUGAGAGCCAUAGCAGCCUAUGCCCUGAUGCUCGUCGACCACAGCGGCCAACCUGCAGUUACUCUAUAUGAGCAACUUAAGAAAGAGGCCAGCGUGAAAGGCAACCCAGUAAGUGUGCGGUUCUGGGAAGAGAAGGAUGCCCCUAAGGAUCCACUGAAGCCAAACAGAGCCUCUGCAAAAACGUUGGAGACCACAGUCUACGUCCUGCUCAGCACGUUACUGCAAGGACACAUGACAUAUGCCAAGCCUAUUCUUAACUGGCUGACCCAGGAUCAGCGGUAUGGGGGAGGCUUCCACUCAACGCAGGAUGCUGUUCUAACACUGGAAGCCAUGACCAAGUAUAGAAUCACAGCCCAAAACGCCUUUUUAAAGAUGGAGGUUGAUGUGUCAUAUAGAAAGAAAGGUAACAUUGGUGGCAUCUCUCUGAGCCAAAUUAACCCUGUAGGGAAACCGAUAGAGGUAGCCUAUGCUGAUGACAUCAUACUGAAAACAGGAUUCAGUUCUGGGGUGUCAUUUGCUACUCUGAAAACGGUGUACUAUGAAACAACAGACAGCAAUGAUAACUGUCACUUUGACAUAUCCAUAGAUAUCCAUCCCCGUCAACCAUAUUCCAAAGAUCCUAUGCAGCUCUCACCACGAAUUGUUGCUUGUGCCAAGUAUAAGCCACGUGAAAACGAGGUUGAGACAGAGGCAGGGCACACAGUCAUGGAAAUUGAUCUGCCCACUGGUGUGACACCUAUCGAGGAUGACCUACGAAGAUUUAGGGAUGGACUUGAGAGUUAUAUCUCCGACUAUGAAAUAAAGGGCGGCCAACUUAUUCUCCAGAUCGAUUCGAUACCAUCAGACGAGUUCUACUGCAUGGGCUUCCGGAUUCAAGAGCAGUUCCAUACGGGCAUGAACAGUGCCUCUGUGUUCAAAGUGUACGAGUUUCACGAUCCUGACAAUCUGUGUAUGAAGUUCUACCACUCACAGGGUCGCAAGCUUCUCCGACUCUGUGAUGGUGACCAGUGUCAGUGCAUGGCAGCGGAAUGCUGCCACUUCAAGGCCAGCAGUGAUCCAAGCAUUACUGUUGAUCAGAGGAUGCAGGAUGUGUGUAAAGGCAAAGACAGCAUAACAUAUGUUUUUAAGGUGACAGUUACUUCGACUGAAACAGAGGGGGAUUUUCUGACAUACUAUGCAACGGUGGAUCAAGUCCUUAAGAAAGGAUCAGAAGACAUUGUAAAAGACACGGAGGUCAGCUUUGUAAAGAAGGCAAGUUGCAGCUCAACAAAUCUGGAAAUUGGCAAGCAGUACUUAAUAAUGGGUGCAGAGAUCAUGCAGCUUCGGGUGCAACGCAGAUACAAGUAUACAUUUCCUUUGGACUCACAAGCUUCAGUGGAGUGGUGGCCAUCUGAUUCUGACUGCCAGAGGGGCCCUUGCCAACAUCAUGCCAAAGUUUUAGACGAUUUUGAAUUUGAGUACCUACUUAAUGGCUGUGAAGGGAUUGUUUAA